AUGAGUUUGAUUGAUUUAGGAGAAGACAUACUUGUGUCGAAUGUUGCCAGGUAUUUGAGACCCAUAGAUAUCUUACAUCUCUCUAUGACUUGUAAAGAUAUGAGGUCUAACUUCGAAACUAACGAUGCGUAUCAUAUGUUGUAUUCAAAGAUAUUUGGGUCCAAGCCAACUCCUUUAAGUAUCGAGAACUACGAUUGGAAACAUCUUUUUCACCUACGUACGAGUCGUGCUAAACUUUACACCUGGGGUAGCCCUGAGCAAGGUCGUUUGGGAUAUCUUGUUAACGAAAUACCACCUGAUCAUGUUAUCACCAAUGGCUUUCGUAAGGGUGUAUGUUUGCCUACAAAUGUGGUUCCGUUCAACCAAUUGGUGGUGUCUGAUAUUAGCGCAGGAGGGUUCAGUUUCCAGAUCUUAACCAAUGAUGGCGAUCUAUACUAUACUGGCGGCAGAUGGAAACGUCUUCAGUCAUUGGGUCAACUGACUCCAGGGCCAGUUAAUGGUCGGGAUUACAACCCCUCUAUGGGAAGCGGAAGCCUGUACUUUCCAACACCGCUUCCCUCUCUUCUGCAAGCUAGAGCUCGACGGAUGGUGGGCCCAGGAGUAGCACCUCCCCCAGAUAUGGCUAGAAGAUACGGCCGUGAGAUGAAUAAUAGGGCUAGCAUGGAACGCACGGCUGAUUCUGAUAAUCUUACGAGGCCACCAGAGGCUCAGCCAGCAUUGAGUAAAAGAGUACCAAUUGAUGCAAAGUUUGUUACCAAAUUGGAUCUUCCUGAUGUGUUGGAUGGUCAAUCGAUAGAGGCAAGAAGUAUCAUAUCCGUGUCUAGCGGAAGAGAGCAUUUCAUAGCCCUUGAUAACCAAAACGGAAUAUAUUCGUGGGACACAGGGAACACAACAAAUAUCGGAGUUCGAAUUACUUUUCCGGGUAUAGAUCCUAGAAAGCAAAUCACCAAGAUUUCUUGUGGCUGGAACCUUUCUGCUUGUCAUAUCAAGGGAGUUGGGAUUGUCGUGUGGUAUGCCCGAGAAGCAGUGAGCGAGGAUUCAUUUGAAGCCAAAAAAUUAUUAGCACCAGCCCGCUAUGUUGUCAUUCCAGGAACGAACGAGUACACUCCCCGUGACUUUUUGGCUGGGUUAGACUACGUGCUUAUCAUUGACAAUGAUGGAAAACUACUCCGGUUUGAUAUACAUGCUCAAAGUUAUGCCAAUGGUAGUAUUGAUCCUUCUUUGGCUGCGAAACCCUUCUUUGUCAAUUCAUUUAAUACGUGGGCAGAGAAGAAGAGUGAAGCUGGACAGGCGCCAACUUUUACGAAACUUAGUGGAUGCUACAAUCUGUUUGCAAUCUUUGCUAGCGAUGGCCUGGUAGUCAUCGGCAACAAGACAAUUACUGCAGCGGACAACGAGGACGGCGAGCCCGUAGUAAUUCCUGAACUUCAGGGUAGAGGAGUGAUCGACAUGGCUAUGGGCGACUAUCAUUAUCUAGCACUUACAGAUAGGGGAGAAUUGCUAACCUGGGGUAGAGAAUCUUCACUGUGUGGAUGUCUAGGGCUCGGCUCCAAGGAGACAUUUUUGUCUGAACAUCCGGAAGCGUCGGGCGACAGUGGCUCUGAUAUAGUUGCAAACAAACCUGUUGUUGUGAAGAAGCCAGAAGAAAAGGGGGAGUGGCUAGCAAUAGCCGCCGCAGGUUGGCAUUCCGGAGGUAUUUUUGUAUGCACUGGUGCAUAA